UCCAAGACAGAUAAGCUGCAAACAACUAAUGAUUUGUAACUAUAAUUCUACCCUUUCACCUAACUACAGUACUCUCUCCCGCCCUCAAUAAAACCCCUCUCCUCCUUCCCACUCAUAUCAAACACUCACUUCCAAUUCUCAAUUUCCCAAGCAAACAAAGCAACACUUCAAAUAUGACCAAACAGGCUAUCUCCUCCCUCUCAAUUCUUCUUGUGUUUCUCUUCCAUUGCAUCACAACUUCAGCCCAGCCGGCUGCGGCUCCAGUCCAGCCCGCCAAUGCCCCGGCCCAGCCCGCCAAUCCUCCGGCUCAACCCGCAAAUCCCCCAGCUCAGCCCGCCAUUCCCCCAGUCCAGCCGGCCAAAGCCCCAGCCCAGCCCGCCCUGGUCCCGGUGCAGAAAGGUCCCACCGACGUCCCCAAAAUCCUCGAAAAGGCUCAUGGGUACUCGGUCUUUGUUCGCCUCUUAAAGAGCACAGGUGUGGCUAAGCAACUUUAUGGGCAGCUCAAUAAUUCCAACAUUGGGUUUACCAUCUUUGCUCCUAUUGAUUCCGCAUUUUCGAACCUUAAACCGGGCACCAUAAACUCUCUAUCUGACCUGCAAAAGACCCAAUUAAUACAAUUUCAUAUCUUGAACACCGUUGUUGCUCUCUCAAACUUCCAAACCUUGAGCAAUCCAGUGCCGACUGAAGCCGGAGAUGCCGGUGCGUUUCCUCUAAACAUUACCACCGCUGGAAACCAAGUGAACAUCUCGACUGGCCUUGUGAACACCACAUUGGGCGGCACAGUGUAUUCGGAUGACCAACUUGUUAUUUAUCAGGUGAGCAAAGUGCUUCUUCCGCUGGACAUUUUCAAUCCUAAGCCUAAAAAAGUAGCUGCAGCUCCAGUACCAGCAGCGUCGAAGCCUAAGACGACAAAGGAGGAUGCUCCGGAGAGUCCCUCUGACGCUGCCAAAGUGGACGAGGCUGCUGCUGUAAGUCUUAGCGGGCAUGGAAUGUUGGAGUCCUUUGGUGUUGCCGUGGUUGCAUUCAUUGUGUUGAAAGGAAAUUGAUGGUUUAUUUGCUGUGGUGGGGUUCCAUUGUCGAGGCAUUGCAAGAUUUUCUGAGUUGAGUUCAACGGUCGUGAUCAGCAAGCACCAAGUGCUUCCAAAAUAAUUGCCUUCUUUCCUUGUAUCAUGUGUUUUGUUUUUGCUAAGCUUGUCCAUGUUAGUGUAGGGGCAUUUUAUGUUUGUGCUUUUUCAUCUUUAUUGCCAUUUAU